AGUCAUCAUCAGCAGGGUGGCAACAUAUGCUUUUCAUUUCACUUCCACAUGAAUUUGUUUUCCUAAUUGGUUAAUAGUUCUUUAAAGGAAUCAGCUAACAGUUGGCCUUCCUAUGUGGCUAUGGUUAUGUAAUGUCUUCGUUUAAAGCUAAUCCUAUUUCUCUCUGUUUUUUCCCUAGGUGCCCAAACUUGCACUAUUUCAGCCUUCCUAGCACCUGUAUGACUUACGAUCAGUUCUGCAAGGCGAUAGGUGGACUUCAAUCGCUUAAAGGCAUGGCAGUGGACGAGAGUCUGAUUAAUUAUGAUGUCCUCCUGCAUGUGCACCAGUGCUGCCCAGACUUUGUGGGGCUGAAGGUGUCUGCACUGUACGUGGAUGAAGAGAUGGCCUCAGUCAUCUGCAACUCUCUUCCUCGUCUGAAAAAGUUGGAGAUACCAAGUUGUGACAUGUCUUCCGCUACGAUUAUAAGGUUCCUUGAUUGCCUAGAGCAGCUCGAGCACCUGGACAUCUCAGGUUACGAGACAUCAGCCAUCUCAAGCCCGGUUCUUGAGAAAGCUUCGCGGCUCAAGGUCUUCCUCUGGAAUUCGAAAUUUGAGCUUGGGGAGUUCGUGGACUGCUCCAAUUGUGGAGAGCACAACAUUAACCCUCAAGAACCCUGCAAGUGCAUGAUGGAGCACAAGGUCAUGGACUGGCUGGCUGGACCUUCAUAAGCUUCCUGAACCAAAGGCGUCUCUUCUUGUGUCUUGUUAAAUCAAGACGUUUUCCUGGCUGUAAAAUUCCAACCUUUGUCAAAGUUGGUGUCUGAGCUGUAUGCACAAGGAAAUAUGCUACUUCAAAUGUUUAGCGCGCCUUAGAGAGGUCUGCAACUUUUUAAUGUAACAAAUCGUUGUAUCAAGUGUUAAUGGAACCUCUUCUUUACACCAAUGAGCCGA